AUGGUGUGGGACAUCCCUUGGGUUGGUGGCUUUGCCUGGGAGAACUGCGGUGACAAGAAGGACCCCGCGGUGCUGCAGAGCCUCUCCGUGACGCCCGACCCCAUCAGCAUCCCGGGGAGCCUGCGCAUCAGCGCGGCUGGCAGCAGCAGCAAGACCUUGGCCUCCCCUCUGAAGGCGGUGCUGCUGGUGGAGAAGGCGCUGGGUGACCUCUGGAUCCAGCUGCCCUGCAUCGACAAUCUGGGCAGCUGCACCUACGAUGACGUCUGCACCAUCCUUGACAACCUCAUCCCACCCGGCACGGCCUGCCCGGAGCCCCUACAGACCUAUGGCAUCCCCUGCCACUGCCCCUUCAAAGCGGGCUCCUACUCCCUGCCAGCCAGUGACUUCGUCCUGCCUGACGUGGAGCUGCCUGCCUGGAUGACCAACGGCAACUACCGUGUCCGGGUGGCUGUCAGCAAUGGUGGGGAGGAGCUCGCCUGCGUCAAGCUGGCUUUCUCCCUGCAGUCCCAGUGAGGAGUUGGGGGGGGGCCCGUCCCUCUUCUCCCCACCACCUUGGUCCCAUGUCCCAUCAUAUGUAGUUGCACCCCAUGCUGUCCCAACCCAUCCCUGCGAGCUGCAUCCCUCACACUGCCAGGAGGAGGCAGCCCCCGUUACCCCCGCUUGGUGUCCCCCUCCCCUGCUAAACACAGAGAGGCCCCUCCAGCUGUCCCACCAUCCCCAGCCCCAUCACCAGGGUGUCCCCUGUCACAGGCAGGGUGGCUGUGGAACUAACCCCAGCCUUUCAGCACAACUGGGGUGUAGUUAGUUUUUACCUAGUUUCUCUUUUUUGUUUUUUUUUUUCCUAAUCCCGUCCAGGGAAUUUUAGACAAAAACAUUCCAGGGAAAAGCAGUAUUUCUUGAAGCAGUCCAUGGGGGAAGGGAUCAUUUGGGAGUGCUGGGGCAGGCUGGAGGCACGCAGGAUUAGCUGCGGAGGGUGUUCCCCCUUGGCCCCCCACCUCCAGCCGGAGCACAGGGUUGUUUUGCAGAAGUGUCCCCAAAGUGGCUGCAGGAGACCUGUCCCCCCAUGGCAGCCUGGGUCUGCCUUUGGUGCAUCCCUGUCCCGUGCAUGGGACCAGCUCAGUGACAUGAGGCACCAGUCCCUCCCUGUGUCCCUACUGUGACAAACAUCACAAGCACAACAGGACCGAAACUGUCCAAACCCCCAACUGAUGUUCCCACUCACGAAGGACUGGUGCUGUUCCCAGCAUCAGGAGAGGUGGCUGGACAUGGGCUGUGCUUGCUCCGGGGGGACAGACGGCUGUGACAGGCAGUGGGGGCACAGCCUGGCCAAGGACAAGUCCCACUCAUCUCAUUUUGCCACUGGGACUGAGCCGAGGCAGGACGUUGCGCUGGGUCCAUCCUUCCCAUGCACCAGCAGAGGCACCCCCACCAUGGAGCAGCAUCCCGGAGAUGGGCUGGACCAGGAGAUGACCAUGAGGACCAGCAGCCUGGGUUCUAUUUGGGGGCCCUGUAGUCCACCUCCUGGUUGUGGCUGGGGAGCCGAGGCAUGGGCAGGCAGCAUCCUUCCUGCCUGCUGCUCCGGGCAGGGCACAUGCCUGACACCAUCCGCCUACGCCAGGUCCCCCUGCAGGGUGCAGGUGACCCACCAGCCCCCCGAUCCUUUGCUUACUCGCUGUCCCUGCCUGCUCGCAUUAUUUAGCCCCUCCAUAGAGCUGGUCUUCCUCCAAGCACUUUAUACGCCUUAACUACUGCUGGGCUGCCCUGGCGGGAGGUCCUCUGCCACGCAGACAGGCUCCCACCGACUUUCUGUGCCCUCCACCCGCUCCAUUUCAUCCCACUGCUGGGUCCAACCCGGGUUUGUUUUGCCUGGAGAAGCGCUAACCCUCUCACCCUGCUCCCUGCCCGUGCCA